UGCCAUCACUUUGCCCAACGCAAUAAUAUCCCACACUAAAGAAUUUUCCAUUUAGAACCCCUCUCCCCCCUGGUUUCGGAACCCAAUUUGCUUUUCCUUCCUCGUUGCCUGAAACCACGUCAAUGAUGGAGGAGAAACAGCCCACUUCUCAGGCCUUGUCUGCCAAUCGCACCGACGAUGCGGUGGAAUACCUCCAGGGCCACAUGGCCGGGGCUGGCACCCUCCAGAUCGACCUUCGAGCCCUCCGUCGCAAGAUCGACUUCCGCCUUAUUCCGUUUAUGUUUUGCUGCUAUGUCUUGCAGUUCCUGGACAAGGUGAUGCUGAAUUAUGCCGCGGUGAUGGGGAUGAAGAAGGACCUCGGCUUGGCAGGGAACGAAUACACCAACACGGCCACCUGGUUCUUCCUGGCCUACCUGAUCGCUGAGGUGCCCAACACCUACUGCCUUCAGAAAGCCCCCGCUGCGAAAUGGCUGGGAGCUAAUGUUACCCUGUGGGGGGUUGCCGCCGCCGCAUCGGCUGGGGCCACCAACUACCGAACCCUCCUCACUGCGCGUGUCUUCCUGGGCAUAUUCGAGGCGACUAUCGGUCCGUCGCUGAUGUUGAUCAGCAGUCAAUACUACACCAAGAGUGAACAGGCCCCGCGGUUUACCUUCUGGUACAAUGGAUUGGGAGUGGCACAGAUCAUUGGUGGACUGGUUUCGUUUGGCUUCCAGCAUGUUGAGCAUGCGGCGAUGGCAGGAUGGCGCAUCAUGUUCCUCGUCAUCGGUCUUGCCACCGUCGUCGUCGGCGUUCUCACUUUUCUGCUAAUCCCAGAUACUCCCAUGGAGGCGACAUGGCUGUCCGAUGACGAGAAGGUCGCGCUCCUGCAGCAUGUCAGUGUCAAUCAGACGGGCGUCUGGAGCCGAAAGUUCAACUUCAAGCAGAUCUGGGAGGCUGUGUUGGACAUCCAACUCUGGCUGCUGACUUUGAUCACUAUCCUGAUCUCUGUAUCCAGUGGUGUGGUCACCUCCUACUCGGCCACUCUCAUUGCCAGCUUCGGCUACCCGGGCCCGAUCUCGGCCCUGCUGAACAUGCCGUCGGGGAUUGUCAGCAUCUUCUUCACCCUGCUGGUCGGAAUCGGCAUUCGCAAGACCUCCCAUCGCUGGGCCUGGAAUAUUCUCUGCACCAUCCCCGGGAUCAUCGGCGGCGCUCUGCUCUCCUUCUUGCCUAAGAGCGACAAAGCUGGGGUCCUGAUCGGGAUUUACCUGGUGAAUGCAAUCGUGGCGACCUUGCCCAUCCUCUAUCAAUGGACGAUGGCCAAUUGCGCGGGCCACACCAAGCGCGCCUUCGGGAGCGCGCUUAUCGCCGGCUCCUUCUCGGUGGGAAAUAUCAUUGGGCCCCAGACCUUCCAGGCGCGGGAUGCCCCCGAAUAUCGGCCGGCCAAGAUUGCGGUUCUUGCCACACAAGCGGCCGCUGCAGUCAUGUCGGCGGUGCUUUUUGUGUAUUAUAUGUGGGAGAAUCGGAGGCGGGAUCGGAAGUACGGGAAGGUCGAGGACGCGAUGGUGGAGGAGGCCAAGUGGGCAGGGCUGACAGAUAGGCAGAAUGGUCGGUUUCGGUACGUGUAUUGAUAGUGGGUUAUGUACAUAGGGUCACCAAGAUGCAGAAGGUAACUUGACAAGAGUCCCUUGAUGGUACGUGAUGCGUAGGCUGACAGCUUAAUGUUGCUUUCAUGUCUGAUUCAAGGCUUUUGCCGAUCGGGUAGAGAUUUGCUGCCUUAGGCCGCAGUGUGAGAGUGUGGCUUGCAUCUGAGGUGAUGUGGCGGGGUUACCCCGCCAAGUGUGGCUGGAGCUGGGUACAUCAACUGCCUUGGUCACAUAAGGCAUAACCUACUGCGUUAUGUACUGUACGUCAG